AAAAUAUUGAAAUUGUCAUUUGCAGUGCAGUUGCUACAUUCCCGUUUCACGUUUUUAAAGAUUUUUUCAAUCAAUUUUAUUAAACCUAACAGAAAAAGUUGUUUGAAACAGUAAAAAUGCAACCCCAAAUUUUACUACUCAAAGAAGGUACUGACACAUCUCAGGGAAAACCUCAAUUAAUCUCCAACAUAAAUGCCUGCCAAUCAAUCGUAGAUGCUGUUCGCACCACAUUAGGCCCAAGAGGCAUGGACAAAUUAAUUGUCGUGAGAAAUGGUAAAGCAACAAUAUCGAAUGAUGGGGCUACUAUAAUGAAAUUGUUGGAUGUUGUUCAUCCUGCAGCAAAGACUUUGGUUGACAUCGCUAGGUCACAAGACGCUGAAGUAGGCGAUGGCACCACUAGUGUGGUUUUACUUGCUGGAGAGUUUUUAAAACAUAUUAAACCAUAUGUUGAGGAAGGUGUUCAUCCUAGAAUUAUUAUUAGAUCUGUCCGGAAAUGCUUACAACUAUGCCUGGCCAAAAUUAAUGAGAUUUCUGUGAAAAUCAACAAAGCAAAUGUGUCAGAAUUUCGUUCAUUAUUAGAAAAAUGUGCUGCAACUGCAAUGAGUUCAAAGCUAAUCAAUCAGCAACGAGUAUUUUUCUCUAAAAUGGUUGUAGAUGCAGUUCUACUACUUGAUGAACUUUUACCACUGAAUAUGAUUGGAAUUAAAAAAGUACAGGGUGGUGGCCUAGAAGAUUCUAUGUUGGUUGCAGGUGUAGCUUUCAAAAAAACUUUUUCAUAUGCUGGCUUUGAAAUGCAGCCAAAGAUUUAUAAAAACUGCAAAAUUGCUUUAUUGAAUAUUGAAUUGGAGUUGAAAGCUGAAAGAGACAAUGCUGAAGUGCGUGUUGAUAAUGUCAAAGAAUAUCAAAAGAUUGUCGACGCUGAAUGGAAUAUACUUUACAAGAAACUGCAAAAAAUCCACGAAUCCGGAGCUAAUGUUGUGCUUUCCAAGUUACCAAUUGGAGAUGUUGCCACUCAAUUUUUCGCCGACAGGGAUAUGUUUUGCGCUGGUCGCGUCCCAGACGAUGACCUUAGAAGAACUCUCAAAGCUUGUGGAGGAGCAGUAAUGACUACUGUUAACGAUAUCAAUGAUUCAGUACUGGGAAAAUGUGAUCUUUUUGAAGAGCGUCAAAUUGGUGGAGAGAGGUUCAACUUUUUCAAAGGAUGCCCCAAUGCUAAAACUUGUACGUUGAUUCUAAGAGGAGGUGCCGAACAGUUUUUGGAAGAAACUGAACGAUCUUUGCAUGAUGCCAUUAUGAUUGUUCGUAGGACAAUUCAAAAUGAUGCUGUUGUUGCUGGUGGAGGUGCAAUCGAAAUGGAACUCUCCAAAAUGCUGCGAGACUAUUCAAGAACAAUUGCUGGCAAAGAACAACUUUUAAUUGCCGCAAUCGCCAAGGCCUUGGAAAUAAUUCCAAGACAACUAUGCGACAAUGCUGGUUUCGACGCCACCAAUGUUUUGAAUAAACUUCGUCAAAAACAUGCCCAGGGCCAUUGCUGGUAUGGCGUAGACAUCAAUAAAGAAGACAUCAGCGAUAAUUUCGAAUCUUGCGUUUGGGAGCCAGCUAUAAUCAAGAUCAAUGCCUUAUCUGCCGCUAGCGAAGCUGCUUGUUUGAUUUUGUCUGUCGAUGAGACUAUUAAGAAUGAAAAGAGCGGCGGGGACCAACCUCAAAUGGGUCGUGGUAUGGGUAGACCAAUGUAAAACUAUUUCCACCCACUUUUAUAAGUGUUUUCAGUUUCUUUUUAACAUUUUUUUGUUCUUAAUUUCUCAUUUAAUGUAAUCCAUUUUUUGCGCAUGUAAGAUUUUUUAAAGGAUGAGGUGAGCUAUUAACCCCAAUUUUUAAACAAUAGAGUUUUUGAAAUGUUUCAAACAGUCUUGCUUUGCAUUUUUCUGCUUACUGUUAUUUUCCUAAUUUUUUAAAAUUCAAAUAAAUUAGUCUGUAGUAUCGCUCUUCACAUAGUUUGUUAAUAAAUUAAUAAUUCUA